GAAGGUUCUAUCCAACCCGAAUGUCUUUCAAUUGGCCAACAUUUGUGCUGACUCUGCUCUUCGUAAGUGGCUGCGAGGCUCAGCUGUUUGCACAGCCGUCAAACGUGGUUUACACAACCUAUUUACAAAGAGUGGGAGGCGGAAGUGGCGCCACUCAGCUGCCAAAUCAUGUGACCGUUCAACGUGGCCAAACACAAAUUAUUAAGCCGGCUCAGUUACAUGAAAUCAUGGAUGGCGAGGCGCUGGAGCUGGCGCCAUUGUUGCAGCAAUUGUUAAGCCAAACUGUGCCAAAUUGGCAGCAAUCUCAGCAGCAGGAGUUACAGCAACAACAGCAGCAACAACAACAACAAACACAGCAGCAGCAGCCGCUACACUUUUUUGUUUAUGAAAACUCGCAGCCUGUGCGGCUGACAAGUCAACAACCUCAAAUAUUGCCAGGGUUCAAUGGCGUCAACGUACAGCAACAGCAGCAGCCACAAUCGACAUCGAUGCCAAUUCAGCUGCAACAACAACAACCACAGCAACAGCAAUAUAUAGAAACAGCGCCAAAAAGUGUUGCGGCAAUUCGGCCGAUUGCAGGAGGCGUUUUUGUGGCGCCAACAGCAACUUUGGCUCACGGCAUUCAACCUACGAUCUCAAGCCAAGCGCAAAAUGCGCCGGAAGCAACCUCAUGCAAACGCUGCUGUCCGGAGGAUGUGGAGGCGGCUGCCACGCCCUGUCCCUGCUGCCAAGUAAGCAUUCCCUUGCUGAGUGCAGCUGCGCUCAAGGCGACAGUUGGUUAAUAGCAUUUAAUUAAAUAAACAAUAGCUGGAGAGAGUCUUAAGCU